AUGCGGGUUCGUCGCAUUGUGUCAGAUGACAAAAGAAGUGAAGAAAGACUCAGGGAAAUGGGUAAUCUAUUUUUGGACAGAGGAUAUGAUAGAGAACUUAUUGAGAAAGGAAUCAGCAACACCUUGGAUAUCACAAGGGAUAAUCUAUUAAAAGUACAAGUGAAAACUAAGGAGAAAAUAAGAUAUAAGCAGUUAAUAUUAUUUACCCCUGGUCUUCUAGUGCGUGUUGACUUGGUUGUGCGACACUACAGAAUCCAUCAAUCACCAAUCUCCUACUACAUGGUACAAAGGGCCUCAUUCCAGACUAUGCAAAGUCUGGUACAGUAUUAUCAGUAUAACUCUGAUGGACUCUGCACCAAGCUGGAUGUGCCUUGUGUGAAGCUGGACCUUCCUACAACAGCAAGUCUGUCCCACUGUACCGUAGACGACCUUGAAAUCGAGCCCAACACUAUCAAGAAGGUGAAGAAGCUGGGCAGAGGAAGCUUUGGGAUAGUGUGGUUGGGACUGUGGAAUGGAACCACUGAGGUGGCUGUCAAGGAGCUUCAAGUCACUCCUCAAGCUCUGCAGAACUCGUUGUACGGCGAGGCCAGCACCAUGUGGAAACUUAAUCAUGAGAAAAUCCUAAAACUGUAUGCUGUGUGUCUGCAAACUGAGCCAGUCUUCAUUGUUACUGAGUACAUGAUACACGGCACGCUGAGAAAGUAUCUAAAGAGGCACCAGAAGGAACAAGAUCUGACGGUCCAACAACUCAUGGACUUUGCUGUUCAGAUUUCUCAAGGAAUGGAUUAUAUGGAGAAGCAUAAUUGUGUUCACCGGGACCUCCGAGCAGAAAAUAUCCUUCUGUCAGCCAUGAUGUCCUAGAUCGGAGAUUUUGGUUUGGCUCGUUUCAUGGAUAGUAAUACAUCCAUCCAGAUAACAGCAGAUACCAGGAUUCCCAUGAAGUGGAUGGCACCAGAAGUUUUUAAGUUUCAGAAAUACUCCCAUAAGUCUGACGUUUGGUCUUUCGGUGUCUUGCUUGUUGAGAUAAUGACUUAUGGAAAGAUGCCUUUCCCAGACAAAACAAAUGAGCAGUACUUACAACUCAUUUUAGCAGCCAAACCUCUUCCCACCCCCCAUGACUGUCCUGAAGACAUUUCCGCUAUCAUGAGGAUGUGCUGGAGGCAGGAGUUGGAUAAGAGGCCAUCUUUCUCAGAGAUAGAAUCAGAAUUCAUGAAGCUUUUGUCCCCAAUGCUAUCUGAAGAGACAGUGGAUUGAUAUCAUCCAAUUUCAAAGAGUUGAUAAAAUAAAACACCCAGUUUGUGCAGACCAGUGACAAAGAUUGGUGAAGGCACCUGAAGUAACAUCAAGAAAUGUGUGAUUUUUGCCACAUACUGAGCACAAUGUCUACAAACAAGGAGAUCCAACACUGGGCAUUGUGAAUUAACUAUUUAUUAAUGUAAUUAAAUAAUGGCACCAGGGUGUUCUCUAUAGUAACGGCAUUAUCGGACUUAAAAAAUCCCCUAAACCACGAGGAAAAGGCUGCUUCAGAAGAACACAAAGGGAAAUUCAUAUAUCACUAUACUUGGGGACAUAAACAAAUCUUAUUACAUGGGCAAGGGUUAUGAAGGAAACCCUAGCAGCUCACUGUGGUUCUAGACAUGAACAUAUCUUAUUACAUGGGCAAGGAGUAUGAAAGAGACCCUAGCAUCUCGCUGUGGUUGGAGACAUGAACAUAUAUUAUUAUUUGGGCAAGGAGUAUGAAGGAAACCCUAGCAGCUCACUGUGGUUGGAGACAUGAACAUAUCUUAUAACAUGGGCAAGAAGGAUGAAGGAGACCCUAGCAUCUAGCUGUGGUCGGAGACAUGAACAUAUCUUAUUACAUGGGCAAGGAGUAUGAAAGAGACCCUAGCAUCUCGCUGUGGUUGGAGACAUGAACAUAUAUUAUUAUUUGGUCAAGGAGUAUGAAGGAAACCUUAGCAGCUCACUGUGGUUGGAGACAUGAACAUAUCUUAUUACAUGGGCAAGAAGGACGAAGGAGACCCUAACAUCUCACUGUGGUUGGAGACAUGAACAUAUCUUAUUACAUCGGCAGUGAGGAUGGAGAAGACCCUAGCAUCUCACUGUGGUUGGAGACAUGAACAUAUCUUAUUACAUGAGCAAUGAGGAUGGAGGAGACUCUAGCAUCUCACUGUGGUUGGAGACAUGAACAUAUCUUAUUACAUGUGCAAGGAGGAUGGAGGAGACCCUAGCAUCUCACUGUGGUUGGAGACAUGAACAUAUCUUAUUACAUGGGCAAUGAGGAUGGAGGAGACCCUAGCAUCUCACUGUGGUUGGAGACAUGAACAUAUCUUAUUACAUGGGCAAUGAGGAUGGAGAAGACCCUAGAAUCUCACUGUGAUUGGAGACAUGAACAUAUCUUAUUACAUGUGCAAGGAGGAUGGAGGGGACCCUAGCAUCUCACUGUGGUUGGAGACAUGAACAUAUCUUAUUACAUGUGCAAGGAGGAUGGAGAAGACCCUAGCAUCUCGCUGUGGUUGGAUACAUUAAUAUAUCUUAUUACAUGGGCAAGAAGUAUGAAGGAAACCCUAGCAUCUCACUGUAGUUGGACUUAUCAUACAUUAUGAUUUCAAUGGCCAAGGAGAUGUAUAAGAUACCGAUGACUUACUGUAAUUGGGAAGAAGAAUAUAUUACUAAUAUACAUCUGGAAUAUGACAUUACUGACUGGAAAAACAUAACAAAUGUAUAAAAAUGUUUAGGAAGAUGAAGGAGAACCUGGCAAGUUACUGCAGUAUUCAGUAUCUUACCUUAUCAGAACAAUGUCUCAGCAGAUUGAAUGAACUCAUUAUGUUGUUUUCAUUGGGAACAAGAAUAUGUAUGGCUACAGCACAGAUAUAUACUGUAAUUGUGAGUCUACAAUACAUUUAUACAAUUACCCUAACUGAGCUUGGGAACAAAAAUAUAUAUUUAGAUAUAGAUUACUACAGCAUGGUUAGACACAUAACCUAAAACCGUUAGUCCUCAAGUACCUAUAACACGCCAGAUUUGCAUGAUAUCUUAACAUGAGCACAGCUGAAAUAAUCUACUGAUGGGGGAGAACCAUGGUUACUAACCAGCUGAUUAUUUUACCUGUGAUUCAUAUCAUGAAAAUCUGGCCUGGCAGCAUUACUUGGGGCUGGAGUUGAGAAACACUGGCCUACCAGACUACAGUAUAGGUACAUUUAUAGGAAGGUGAAGGAGAACAUUUUACCACAUAGUAUCUGAUAAUAACAUUGUAACCACCCGUGGUACUGGUGUUCCCUGUAACAUUUUGUGAACUGCAGAUAAUGCAUCUUGUGGAACCACUGUUUAUUUUGGACAUUCUACAAAUUAUGGGAACAAAGAUUUUGAUGAGGAUUUUAUGUUAGAAGAUGCAGGAUGGGAGUGAAGUUUAUUUUAUGUGUUGUCCUAUCACAUUAACGAGCAAUAAGGUGACCCCAAGAGCCUAUAUCAAUACACCACUGUCAAUACACUCCUAUAACAAUACUUAGUUGCAUUACUAAUUUAGAUAACAUGUAGAUUUUAAAACACUUGCAUUCACAUGCCUGAGCUCUAUGUUAUCUAUAUGAAACACAUGAACUAACACCCUCUAGUGGUGAAAAUUGUCAAAAUGCAUUCAGAUUAGAGACGGUUUUCAAGGUCUAAGAAAUUAGCAAAUGAACCUACUAGAUUUAGCUUUCAACUAAGAAUAUCAAGAGAGCAAAGCAAACUUAGUGAUAAAAGUAAAUUGGAAAGUUGUUUAACAUUACAUGCCCUAUCUGAAUCAGGAAAGUUUAUUUUGGACUGUCCUUUAAAGGAUUUAAAUAAUUCUGGCCCUUUAGUACUGCCCUGGGAAUCCCAACUUUACCCGCCCCAGGGAGUACCCGGUGUUGCACUACAUGGAUAAGGACCUGAGGAACAUCAGACACCUGUAGAUGCUUGAGGGUCCAGCCUUGAGGACGAUCAGGCUCUUCAGUUAGUUUCCCCUAAGCACAUAAAGGGUUAAGCACUGAAUGCUAUGCAUCUCAUUGAUUAAAGACCUGAAGUUUCCCCCUUUGGUACCUACCUGAAGUUGCCUCCUUGGCACCUAUAAUGUUAGGGAAUUGCAGCCCCCUCCCCUUGGCACAUCAGAGAUGAGGAAAUACCAUGGCACCCAAUGGAUUAAGUACCUGAGACUGUGCUCAUAUGACAUAUGUAGGGUUAAUGAAUGUCAAGGGGUUCUUUAAUUUGUCCUCUCUUGCCAGCUGUGAGGUUAAUGAGAUGAACAUAUCAUGGCAUAUAAGAGAUGGAGGUACUGAAAUUCUUGGCAUUGCAGUCUAUGUGUGUGUUUUUGUUUUUUGGGAUGUCGGGGUGGAGAGUGAAAUUGAAUGGGGGGUGCAAGAUUGCUCAGGGUCCAAUCAAUAUUAAAGAUCGCCCUGGUCAAAAUUAAACUCAUAAUUCAGAUAGAGCAGCAAUUUUAAACAACUUUCCAAUUUACUUCCAUUAACAAAAUGUGAACAGUCAUUUUAUAUUAAAAACAAAAAUUUGAGUCACCGGCUCCUACUGAGCAUGUGCAAGAAUUCACAGAAUAUACGUAUAUGCAUUUGUGAUUGGCUGAUAGCUGUCACAUGAUACAAGAGAAGUAGACAUUAACUUUGAGAAUUGUCAGAAAAAAAAAAUGUACUACUCAUUUUAAACUCAGACUAAGAGCUAUUAUAUUGUCUUUUUAUCACACUUCUGUUAAUGAUGCAAAUCUAUUGUAGUUGCUGGUCUUUAGCAUCGAAAUGUGAAUAUGAAAUGAAAAGAAACCAUUUGACCCCCUGUUUAGGUUCUAUGUUUAACCAUAAAUAAAACACAGACUCUCAUCUUGGGUUAUAAA